AUGAAAAGGCUAGUGACCUUUCCAGGCCAGGGAAGCCCAGUAUUGGGCCAUGUCUUAAAUAAGUAUUUAGCACAGCGUAGUCAAAUUUUUAGCUUCAAUAGGAGUGGAGGACUAACAGAUUUGGGAACUCUGGUAGCGCAGAUUGAACAAAAGCCUGCAGAUCCAGCAUCAAUUGCAGCCUGUUCGUUUUUGUUGUAUCGUGCGUUUACGGAGAACAAGCAGAACCUCAAGAAGGACACUUCUUCUGGAGAGACGGUCUUUUUAGGUCAUUCUUUGGGCGAGCUGUCGUGUUUAGGCGCUGGAAACGAGCUCUUCACCUUGCAUCAAAGCAUGCAAAUUGCCACUUAUCGUAACAAACUCAUGCUGCAAGCAGCAGGUGCCUUGGAGUACGGUAUGUGGGCGAUUUCGGUCCCCAGAGCGCGCGAUUUGGUAGGCGAAAUUCGCAAUUGCAUCCCAAUUGAAAGUAGUCUGGCACUUGCAAACGUCAACACUGCCCAGCAGUGUGUAGUCACUGGUGAAGAAAAGGACUUUGAGCUUUGGGAGCCAUCGUUGCGCCACGCAAUUAGCGGUCGCUGCAAAAUAACACGGCUGGGGAAUCCUUAUGGGAUACCAUUUCACAAUGAACGCGUUUUAGCACCCAUUGAUGAACCGUUGCUUGAGUAUAUGUGGCAAAUCCUGAAGAGUCAAGGCCUGGGAAGUCAAAAAUUGCUCAACCAUGAGGUGAUUUCCAAUUAUACCGGUAAACGUGUGCGAUCUGUGUCAGAGGCGCUUGAAAGCUUUGCGAAAAGUAGUUGCAACGUCGUGGAAUUUGUCAAAUGCUGCGAGAAGGUGAACCAGCUCAAUAUCACAGAGGCCGUGCACAUUGGACCUGGAACUCACAUCGCUAAACUGGUGGCUAGAAACUGCCACAUCCCCGAAACCCAGACCUGGGACGAGUACAUGGGUAAAACGUAA